AUGAGCUUCUUGUACUAUCGCGGUGCACACAGAAUAAUUGUGGUUUAUGAUGUAACCGACCAAGAGAGCUUCAACAAUGUCAAGCAAUGGUUGAGUGAAAUAGACCGAUAUGCAAGUGAUAAUGUGAACAAACUUCUUGUUGGAAAUAAGUGUGAUCUCACAGCACAGAAGGUAGUUUCCACAGAGACAGCUCAGGCUUUUGCUGAUGAAAUUGGCAUACCUUUCAUGGAAACAAGUGCAAAAAGUGCCACUAAUGUAGAACAGGCUUUCAUGGCUAUGGCUGCUUCAAUCAAGAACAGAAUGGCAAGCCAACCGGCAAGAGCGGUUGCUGUUCAUCUUGAAAGGACGAAGCUCUGUUGCCUUGAUGAUGAUUCUGAUGUGGAGUUGUGGUGAAGCUGGCACGCAACAACACAAAGUACCACUUAACAAGCCUAGCCACAACAGACAAGAAUGGACAUCAUGAAAAAGAGAAAAAAGGAACAAAAGAUAGUGCAUGGUGCACUCACAAAACACAACUUCUUUUUAGAAUAUUUAGCAUGU